AGGAUCGAUGGGGAACGCCCAACCCUCGGCAUCCAAGCGGCAUCUCCUGUGCAACAGCUCUUGAGUCACCCCACUUCCCCGUGCCUCAGUUUCCCUAAUCUGCAGAUGGGGCAAUUGCAUCUCAGGGAUGGUGUGACCGGUCCUACGGGGAACGAUGAAUUUCUCCAACCAUCCCGUCCCACUGGAAAGGCUGGCUCUGCUGUCCUCUCCCCGAGCAUCUUGGGAGCCGCGGUGACGGUCCGCGGCUGUUUUGAGGCUGGGCUGUGAGAUCAGAGCACAAACCAGUUCUUCUUCACCUUUCAUCAUCGGGGCGGGAGCAGGGCCUAGCUCAUACAGUGCUGCUUGGCAUUGAGCUGAGGGCAGAGGAUUCCAUCCCAGGCAGAACUACCCGAGGCAUGGCCAGGAUCCUCACCAGGGCCAGAAGUGGCUGCAGUGAAAAUGGCAAUUGCCCCUAAUUUGUUGUUAAUGAGACUCAGCCUCUCCCCGUGGCCUGGGCCAAGGUGUGCUGAUUGCUGGAGAAGGGUGCCUGAUCCCUGCCCAGGUAAACUUGCCUGCAAAGCUGUGAAGGCAGUGAGAAAACACCCUCAGAAACACUGAGAAACACUCCAUGCCAGAUGAGACAAACAACCCAUGCCCUUUGGCAUGGCCAGCCAGAAAGUACUUUGCUGUGUCCUGGCAGGGCAUACAGGGACCCAAAAUGCUCCAGCAAAGCAGGUGGGACCCCUCCAGACCUCACGGUGCAGACCCACAGAUUUGGAGCGCAGCUGAGGCAGCAGGGAGGGAAGCAGCAAGGCAUGGAACAACAGGUCCCAGCAGUGAGGUGCCAGCCUGGGGGACACGCACACCUCUGGCAUGGGGCCGUCUGUCAUGAACCUGCCUCGUGGCCAUCUGCGGGCAGAGCAUCCUGCCCUGGGACCAGGCGUGUUCAGGGGAAUAGUGGAAACCACCUCUGGGCCAAAGGAUGAAGAAGGAUCAUAGAAUUAUUGAAGAUGGAAAAGACCACUGAGGUCAUCCAGUCCAAACACCAACCCACUCCCAUUGUGUCUGCUAACCGUGUCCCUCAGAAAUGAGAAAGCACUGUAUGACAACCCAGGACAAACACAGAGGGACACAUUGGCAGCACCACGUGGGACCGGCCCUGGCAGCACGAGCUUGGCAGCACGGCUGGAGGAAAGUGGAUGUGCCACCACCAGGAGCUGCACAGUGACUCCAGCUCUUUGCUCUCCCCCUCCCUGGAGCUGGACAGGACGGUGGUGGGCAAAGGCAGCAGGCAGGCAGCGAGAUGGCAACGGGUGCAGAUGUGCGGGACAUCCUGGAGCUGGGGGGUGUGGAGUCUGAGAACACAGGCACCAUCAACAAGAAGGAUAUCAUCAACUCAGAUAAGAAAAAAUCCAAGAAAUCUUCAGAGACGUUGACGUUUAAGAGGCCAGAAGGAAUGCACAGAGAAGUUUAUGCACUCCUCUACUCUGACAAAAAGGAUGCACCUCCACUGCUGCCAAGUGAUACAACUCAGGGUUAUCGAACAGUCAAAGCAAAGCUGGGGUCGAAGAAAGUCCGACCUUGGAAGUGGAUGCCUUUCACCAACCCAGCAAGAAAAGAUGGAGCUAUGUUCUACCACUGGAGGAGAGCAGCAGAGGAGGGAAAGGACUACCCGUUCGCCAGGUUCAAUAAAACAGUGCAGGUACCUGUCUACUCAGAGCAGGAGUACCAGAUGUAUCUCCAUGAUGAUGCGUGGACCAAAGCAGAGACAGACCACCUCUUCGACUUGGCUCGGCGUUUUGACUUGCGCUUCGUGGUGAUUCAUGACCGCUAUGAUCACCAGCAGUUUAAGAAAAGAUCCGUGGAAGACCUGAAGGAACGGUAUUACCACAUUUGUGCCAAGCUGGCUAAUAUUCGUGCAGCUCCAGGCACAGACCUGAAAAUCCCAGUUUUUGAUGCUGGCCAUGAGAGGAGGAGGAAGGAACAACUGGAAAGGCUGUACAAUAGGACACCAGAACAGGUGGCAGAAGAGGAAUAUCUCAUUCAGGAGCUCCGCAAAAUUGAAACCAGAAAGAAGGAGAGAGAGAAGAGAACACAAGAUCUGCAGAAACUCAUCACAGCUGCUGACACCACCACUGAACAGAGACGCGCUGAACGCAAGGCUCCCAAGAAGAAGCUGCCGCAGAAGAAAGAGACAGAGAAGCCUGCCGUUCCUGAGACUGCUGGCAUCAAGUUUCCUGACUUCAAAUCUGCAGGUGUCACGCUGCGAAGCCAGAGGAUGAAACUGCCGAGCUCGGUGGGACAGAAGAAGAUUAAAGCCCUGGAGCAGAUGCUGAUGGAACUCGGAGUAGAUCUCAACCCUAUGCCCACGGAGGAGAUCGUGCAGAUGUUCAACGAGCUGCGGAGCGACCUGGUACUGCUGUAUGAGCUGAAGCAAGCCUUUGCCAACUGUGAAUACGAGCUUCAGAUGUUACGGCAUCGCUAUGAGGCCCUGGCCAAAGCUGGUAGUAUCGGCCCCCUCAGCGUGGAAGGCAGCCAUCCAGAUGGCCAGACAGGGAUCGGCAUCGAGGAGGGCAAAGGAGAUGCCAAGGACCAGAUCAUUGACGUAGUAGGAGCACCACUGACCCCCAACUCGGUGAGAAGGAAGGUUGUGGGGGCAGAACAGGGAGCACUCAGGUCUCCGACGCAGAUGCCGUGACGAGCACUGGGAUGCUGCCCUGCUCUCCCUCCAGGCGUGCGCGUCCAAGGGAGCACAGCACGCCUUUUCCCCCAAGUCCCAGUGCUCUCUGGGCUCGUCUCCUGUGCUGGACAGUGUUCUUGGUGCUAUAGGUGGGGUCAGCAGGUCUUUCUUCAUCCUGCAUGCAGGCAGAUGGCUUGAUGUGGGUGCCAUCGUGGACCAAAGCAGUGAAGCUUUGCCUGACGAGAGCUUGCACCAGGGCAGCGGCAGUGAUGCCAGUACAGCUGCAGGCCUGAGGCAUUUUCCUCCAAGCCACGUAAGGGCUGCUCAGCAGAGGGAAGCAAGCGGGAAAAGCAGUCUUGAUAUGAUGAGCCAUGACCUGCCCAAGUCCCUGGAGUCGAGUGGUAUCCUGCCUGGGGCAGAAGGCUUGGGAAGGAGAGAGGUAUUUGAAGAGCUGAGCAGUGUUUCCAUACUCUGCUUCCAGCGCUGAGGAAGAAAAGCCAGACCUCGGAGUUCUAGAAGCCACUGAAGCUUCGCCACAAGCCCUGCCACAGCAACCUGUGCGUGUCCAUCUGCAGGUUGUACAUCAGCAGCCCUCUCCUCCCUAACUCUACGAGGGCAAGUUGCCCAGCCCCUCACCCUCAGCCCUGAGGCAGUGGUGUGCUUAGAGGUCAGGCAAGGCUGCUUUCCCCUCUGUGCGCUCCCCUGGAACAGCUGAGCUGAACUGUCUGAUAAACAGCUGCCCAUCUCCACGCAGUGGCAUCCCUGACGCCUCAGAUAUACUGCCCCCGGUAGCGUCACAGACCUUUAUUUUCUAAAAUGUAUAAUGUAUUAUUGCAGGAUAUUCAGAACACCUUAUCUGUCAACAGCAGAGGUGACGCAUUAAUCUGGACUUGAGUAAUGUCCUGUUCAGUUGUGACAACAUGGAGUCAUAAGGAAGCGUUCCACCGAGACAGGUUCAUGUUCGCAAAGAAGUCUUUUGCAUCUUUCUUUCACUGCAUUCAAUCUCACCCUUCGAUGCGGUCCACAGUAUCCCGGUUGGUGAACGCUUGGGGCUGCUUCGCAUCACGCUGCCUUCCCUCCACAACCCUUGAUGGGAAGGAAGGCGCUGGUGGCAGCGGCCGUGGCUGCAGGAGGGAGAGCCCAAACGUGUUCCUGACCACGUUCUUCCUCAGCCCCACCUCUUGGAGAUGGAAACAAAGAGGUGGGCCUGGGCAGCGCAGAGAGGGUUAAACUGACCUCGUCUCUGACAUAUUUGAAAGAAAUAUAAUCAAGUUAAUUCACUGCAAGGCAAAUUCAGUACCUAAAGGGCCUCCAUGUUAAAUACAGCACUGACCUUUACCGGCUGAUUACACAAAGACGACACAAUUAGAUUAGUCCAAGACAAAAGGUCAAGCACAUUCACACUGUGACCAUUUUAUGCUACCUUUAGAGGGGGGAAGAAAUUACCUCCCAGCUGGAGGGGUAUCUGCAUGAGGAGGGGAACGGGACCGCUGUGCCGCCUUCUGCGUGGCUCAGGUAUGUUUGGGGUGUCAGACAGAUGCAGGCACCGUGCUUCCCUCUACCUUCCCUGCACUUCUGGGUGCUCAGGCAGUGUGGGGGACCAGCAGCCCAUGGCCCAGAACCUGCUGUGAGCUGGCAGGAUGUGAGCAGGUGUGUCCCGCUGCAGUGCUGAGCUAGCAAUGCCAGCAGUGCAAGCAGACAGCUGUUUGUUGAGCAGGUGUUUGUCGGGGCAUUCCCAGCCUGCCUGCUCAGCAGCACGAUGCUGCCUCCCUGCUGCAGCCCUGGCCCUGGGUGUUUGUUGGUGAUGCCCUGCCCUUUGCCAGGGCUGCUGCAGGGGUUUAAGCCGGCUGUGCCAAGCUGGCUCUGAGCUCCAGCCUGUGCUUUGCCACUGAACUGCCUCGGGGAGAGUCGAGUGAUCUCCCUGCUUACAGAUUGCUCCGAGUUAGAGAAUCCCUUUGUGCUGCCCGUCCGCGGCACUCCAUGUGUUGGAUUAAGCAUGGAUUAGUUCAGUUCCGAGCCAGCUGCUCCCCUGAAGCCAGCUUUGGUUCCCCAGGGAGAAGUAUCUCGCUCCAGAUGUUGGAGGGAGCGAGUGGCAAAGCAAGGAACAGGACGGCGAGCCCCAUGUCCCGUAUCGUGCCCCACAAGCCUCAAUUCCUUUGCAGGUGUUGGCAGGGCUGGGUGAGGGCGCAGCAGCCUCCCGAGAUCCAGGCUGUCAGCGGCUGCCCCGUCCCUCCUCGCGGCGCUGCUGUCGGCGCUGUGUCCCUUUAGGAGCGGCGUCCCCGGGGCCGGCGGGAAGCCCUGCGCCGUGCCGCCUGCCCAUGGCCGCCUCGUCCCUGCCGCGGCUGCCAUCCCCCCUCCCAGGGGCCGCGGUGCCGGCGCUGACCAUGAAAGCCGAGCCGGGAUCCCCCUGGUGCUGACCCCGGUAGGGACUGUGCUCGGGGCCUUCGGGAGGUGAAAGGUGAGCCGAACUCGGAACAAAUUAGUUCCAAGCAGAAGUUCAGCCAGUUACUCCAGAUUGGAUCCUUUGAUUUCCGCAACUCAGACUCCACUCAGUGAUCUGUAAUGAGUGACUCUCAGAAAUCCUCACAUUGCAGCACUUUGUUCCCGAGCUCACAAGUCAGCCCAUUAAUGGGUAAAGGAAAAGACCUUGAGUCUAAGAAGUCUCGGGUUCAGAGUCAGAAUUAUUUGACUUUUAAGCUUCCUUUAUCUGAACUCCUGCUGACUUCUUGUUUUCUGAGCCUGUUUGAAAGCUAGAAGUUACAUUGUUAAGAUCAAACAUUCUCUCUUUCCAGAUGGAGUUACAAUAUCUGUCUUUUAUAUAUAUAUAUAUAUAUUUUAAUAUAUAUAUAUAUAUAGUGUAUAUAUACCAGGGUGUAUAUAUAUUCCACUCUUUUUUUUUGUUGUUUAAUCGCUCUUUCCAUUAAAAGAAACUAGACUUGUAGGCUCUUGUAAAUUAUAAUGUAAAACAUUUUUUUUAACCAGACAGUUCCCAAUUUUGCCCAAGGCGACUGGAAUAGCUGCGCCGCAGAAGGCAAUAGGAAGGUGAUUAAUAUGAAUUUGUGACAUAUUUGAAAGAUGGGUCUUUUGCCAUAUAAAGAUUAUCAAACACAUGUGCUCUUCCCCAUUAAUUCCGCAGCCCUCCCAGGAAAGCCACAAAGCCCGGCUCCUUUGUUUCCAGGGUGGGUUUUUGUUUUUAAACGUACCUUUUGGUCCCCUUGAUUACCACGUAUUUGAUUUUUAUAGGGCAUCUGUUCACACUGCUGCGUGGGUUCUCAGGCCCUUU